CUCCCGCGCACGCACGCACGCACGCACUCUCGCUCGCGACGCUGCGCGAGCAACAGGCGAGAAGAAGGAAGCGCGACCCCCCCAGACGGAGCGACGGCGAGCUUUCCCCCUUCAUUUCUCCCUCUCUCUCUUUCUGGGAAGCAACAAGUCCUUUACCGAAGGAUGUUAAACGUGUCGCUUUUCCAGACGGAUCACUCGUGUCGGGAAGUAACGCUUCUUUUUCCUUAAGGACAAAACGGGAGGAAGGACGCACUUUAUUUCUUUUUGUUUUCCCCCUUCUUUUUCUUACUCUGCCGUUUACGAGACGUUCAAAAAAAAACAACCUUUGCUCAGCUUUUACCAAAAAAGAAAACGCGCUUUAAAAAUAAAUAAAAAUAAAAAAAGCUGGAGCUUUCCUCUGAACCGGCCCCGGGUCCCUGAGGAGGGCAGCGAAGGAUGCCACGAUGCCCGUUCUGAUCUCCCAUCUGCUCGUCAUCUGGCUGAGCGUCCUCGGGCUGGUGCGGUGCACGGAGCGCGCCCCCGCCGCGCGCGAGCGCUUCAAGGUGGUGAUCGCGCCGCUCAUCUGCAAGCGCAUCUGCCUGAAGGGACGCUGCCGGGAUACCUGCGAGCAGGGCAACAACACCACGCUGAUCGCGGAGAACGGACAGGCGGCCGACACGCUCAUCGGACAGGGCUUCCGGGUCGUUGUGUGUCCCCUGACGUGCAUGAACGGAGGAGUAUGCAGCUCGAGGAAGCACUGCCUGUGCCCGCCGGGCUUCACCGGUCGCCUCUGCCAGUUUCCGCUCCACCAGACGCAGCAAGCUCAGGCGGCGCGAGGCAACAAGCAGCCCGUCUACCCGCUGUCUUUGAAGCCGGAAGGCCAGAAACUCGGGGAGCAGUUGAGCAUCGGGCGCACUCAGCUGACGCAAACGCACUCUAUUCUCACUCUACCCAUGUCUCACUCGUCUGAAGUACAGUUUAACGUACGUGUUCACCACACGCCGGACACCUCUGUAGUCAUUCAACCCAUGGACCAGUCAGAUGUGAAGCCUCCAUACAAGAUGGGGCCACGCCUGCUACCCUCCAGGCUCAAACCCAAGGGGCGCUGCUUCCAGGAGACCACGCCCAAACAAGCCUGCAACAGCACGCCGCUUCCCGUUCUGACCAAUCAGGAGGAUUGCUGCGGCAGUGUGGGGAAUUCAUGGGGACAAAACAAGUGUUAUCAGUGCCCCAAACUACCAAAUGCGUCGGUCAAGCACACCAUCGUGGAAGACUACGGCUCCACCUGUCCACAAGGCUACAAAAGAUACAACAGCACUCACUGCCAAGAUAUCAACGAGUGCUCCAUGCAGGGCGUCUGUCAGAACGGCGACUGUCUGAACACUCUGGGCAGCUUCAAAUGCUCCUGCAAGGCGGGAAUGGUUCUGGAAAGGAACCGGUGUGUCGAGUCUCCGGCUGAGCACGCUCAUUGCUUCCUGAUGGCGUCUGAGUCCAGGGGCUGCGAGCAUGCGCUGCCCAGAUACCUCACCCAGGACAUGUGCUGCUGCACGGUGGGCAAAGCCUGGGGCCGCAACUGUGAACGAUGUCCUCAGGUGGGCACAGCGGCUUUCAGUAAGAUCUGUCCCGCUGGGAAAGGAUACUUCCUCCAUGAAACAAGAGAGACCCUGGCCUUCCCUCCCAUCAUCUUUCCCCGCAAGCCUGACAAAGAGGACCCAAAGUGGCCAGAGAGGCCCCACGCGCCGCCGACUGCCGUGCCACGGCCUCCCACCAGCACCAGCAGUCCUCGUGUGCCAGUCGUUAAACCCACCCCUCCAACAAUCAUCAGAUUGACCCCAGGCAAUGACCCCCUCGAAACACAGACUAAAGUCUUGCCAAAGGCAGAUGAAUGCAGGCUGAGCAGGAACAUUUGCGGUCACGGAGAGUGUGUGAACAGCCUGAGCGGCUACAUCUGUCACUGUCACCCUGGCUACCACCUCAACCCGCAGAGGAACAUCUGCGAGGAUAAUAAUGAAUGUGACUCUGAUCCGUGCGGCCACGGCAGAGGCCAGUGCGUCAACAUAGAAGGAGGUUACAAAUGCAUCUGUCGUCCGGGCUAUAAACACACUGUGCAGUAUGACAGAGUCAAGUGCCUAGACGUGGAUGAGUGCUCGAAGCCCGAUAUCUGCGGUGCCGGAGGACAGUGCGUGAACCUGCCUGGCUCUUAUAAAUGUGAAUGUCACAGCGGCUUUAGGAGCAAGUCACACCGUCACCUGGCCUGCGAAGACAUAAAUGAGUGUUUGAAUCCCGAGACGUGUCCCAAUGAGCAAUGUGAGAACACGCCGGGCUCGUACGAGUGUGUUCCUUGCUUGCCUGGUCACGAGGCCCGCAGCAACACCUGCUACGACAUCGAUGAAUGUCAGAAGCCGGACGUCUGUCCUAACGGGGUCUGUAACAACCUCCCUGGUAGUUACCGCUGCGAGUGCAACGAGGGCUUCCUCCCGUCUUCGGACAGCAAAAGUUGCAGCGACGUCGACGAGUGUGAGGACGUCAGGCUGUGCGCUUAUGGCCACUGCAUCAACACAGAAGGCGCCUUCCAGUGCCAGUGCUACCCGGGGUACCAGCGCACGCAGGAAGGCAGCCACUGUGAAGAUAUCAACGAGUGCGAGAGGCCCUCCAACUGUCAGAGGGGCCGCUGCAUCAACAGCAUGGGCUCAUACCGCUGUGACUGCCAGACGGGCUACACGCUGGUUGGAGGCAGGAGAUGCGUAGACAUUGACGAAUGUGACGCAGACAGAAAUCUCUGCCAGCCCUUCGGCUCUUGUAAGAACAGACCAGGCUCGUAUGUGUGUUCCUGCAAUCACGGUUAUGUCCUCUCGGAGGACAAACACAGCUGUGAGGCAGUUCGAGUGCAGAUGGACGAGAAGAAGGAAUGCUACAUGAACCUGGACGACACCGUGUUCUGCGACAGCGUGCUGGCCUCCAACGUCACCAAGCAGGAGUGCUGCUGCUCCAUUGGAGUGGGAUGGGGAGAUCACUGUGAGAUCUAUCCCUGUCCUGUCUCCCAGUCAGCCGAGUUCCACUUCCUGUGUCCAAACGGGCAAGGCCUCUACUAUGACGAAGGACUCCUGUACAGCCUGCCAGUCUACCAUGAUAUCGACGAGUGUUCUUUGUUUGCUGAUGAAAUCUGCAAGAAGGGUCGCUGUGAGAACACGCAGCCGGGCUACGAGUGCUACUGCCAGCAGGGCUUCUACUACGACGGCAAUCUUUUCGAGUGCAUCGAUGUGAACGAAUGCCACGACGAGUCUCUCUGCGCCAAUGGCCGCUGCGUCAACACCGAAGGCUCCUUCUACUGCAACUGUAACCCGCCGUGGACUCCGGACUCCAACAGGAAGAAGUGCGUGAUCCCAACAGUAGCAGAUGACAAUGAAUGCGAGGACCCGGCCAACUGUAAGAACGGCCACUGUGUGGACACCCCCGGGUCGUACUACUGCAUCUGCUCUCUGCCCUGGACGCUGGCCACCGACCGCAACAGUUGUGUGACUCCCGAGGAGCAGGCCGAUGUGAAUGAGUGCCAGGACCCCUCGUACUGUAAGAACGGGAGGUGUGAGAACACGCCCGGCUCCUUUCACUGCUUCUGCGACCCUCCCCUCACCUUCAGCGCGGCGCUGAAACAGUGCGUCUAUGACGAUCGCACUGCAGCCCACAAGGAUGUGUGUUUCCUGCGGGUUGACGAGGGCUUGAUCUGCAGCGAGCCCCGGAACGGCAUGACGGUGACCUACUCGGAGUGCUGCUGUCACUACGGCCGCGGCUGGGGGCCCGAGUGUAACACCUGUCCAGCUAGAAACUCAGAGAUGUUCAGCCGUCUGUGUCAGAUGCAUUGGGAGAGCGAGUCGGAUGGGGAGCAGGAUUUUCUGGCAGCUUUCGCCAACUACAACCCAGGUGACAGUUCAGAGGAGGAUUCGGAUGAGUGCAGCUGUGCAAAUGGCCGCUGCGUCCGCUCCUAUCUGGGGACCAUGUGCGAAUGUAAUGCAGGCUUCAGGCUGGACCACUCGCGCACCCGCUGCAUAGACAUUGAUGAGUGCACGGAACCAGGAGCUCGUGUCAAUCCGUGCAAGAACGCUCGCUGCGUGAACACCUCCGGCUCAUACAAGUGCUUCUGCAAACACGGCUUUGUGGCCACGCGCAGGCCGAACACGUGUGUGCGACGCAGAACUCGGUAACCUCCUCGUGUCACUCUGUUUAUCACCCUCGACGGUAUGCAACACACACACGCGCGCACGUGCGCGCAAGCGGCCCGCGUCUGUGUCACCGUGCGCACGGCGGACCGCGUGUAGGCAGUGAACCCAGAAACGAUGGCGCCAGGAGCCAAACCUCAUCGGUGGCUCGUAUUAAAUGUACAAAACAUCUGCAACGUCCGCUGCGCUUUUAUUUCGUUUUUCAUUUAAGGAAAUAAUCAACACAGGCAAGGAAUGUUUGUUUGUUUGUUAAACAUAUUUGUAAUUAUUGGUUUUUAAACUGUUUUUUGUAAAUUGAUUUUUUUUCCCUCCUGUUUUGAUCUCCUAUUUUUCAAUUAGAACCUUCCAUCGAAAGCAAAGUCUUGUUUCAAUACAGUAAAUAUGUUACUAGUAUUUCUUUUGUCUACUUCAUGUAAGAUGAACCUUCUGUAGGAAUGCCAUGAGAACUUUUACCCUUUACAUUCCCAUUUAAGUCCACAUUCUUUUGUGCUCAAUUCUAAAUUGGACUCAUCCGAUUUUCAAAAAGUCCUGUUGAUUUUGUGUCACUGUACAGUUUUUUUCCAAUGGAUGAACAACUCCUGUAAGAAUCUCCCCUGUCCUCCCCCUCUUUAUUUGUUGAUGUAAAAUAUGAGAAACCUGAAGUUUUUCUGUAAUUUUUGUAAUUUGACAUGUGCACCUAAGUGACUUUAAGCGGGAAAAAAAAGGUAAUGCACUUAGCGAAGAAUUCAGUGGGAAUAUUUCCUAAAUGUAGCUUUUGUUUGUGGUUUUACUAAAACCACAAACAUUCGACACAUGUUGUCAUGAUUGCUGCAUCAGAGUAAAUUAUGAAACCAAAGCCGCUGUUGAGAGGAGAAGAAUUUUAAUUAAACAAAGGUAAAAAAUGUG